UAUAUGUACAUACGUAAUCUAGUAUAUUUGACUUCAGCCAGAAAAAGAAACGGUCUAGAGGAAGAUGCUAAAUAGAUAAAAAUAAAGAAUUGGUAUACCAUGGUUGUUAUUUUGACCAUAGGAUAGAUAUAGUUCUCUUGGCCCUCCCUUUCGGGUGCAAUUACGUUUGUUGUUGUCGUACUAAAUUUUAACCCCGUUAUCCUAUCCACCACCUUCUUCAAUCCUGUUCAUUGCCUCCUUCGUUCUCUAUUUCCGGGUAACUCACGGAGGACGACAACUCCGUUGUGGUCUCUUCCUUCUCCUCGAUCCGGCUAUUCUUCUUCAAAAAUAUAUUCCUAAUUAUCUUGUACUGGAUAGUUAGAAUUUAUUGAAGAUUUAUAUAGCUGAUCCAACUUAUUUAUGAUUGAGGCAUUCAACAAAAUUCAUUUAUUCUGGAAUUUCUAUCUUCUUCAAAAGCUAUCAGGAUUUAUCACAUUAGUCCGAAAUUAAAACAUUAUUCUUUGAUUGAUUUGAUUUAAACCAUUUUUUUGGUUUCCUCUAGCCACAUCUUCACCUUCAAAUUUUAAUUGAUCAUUUCGUGCGUGCAUGCAUGCAGAAUGCUCCAUUUGGUGCAUGCAUGAAACUCAUUAUGUCAUCUCUCAACUAUCACACAUGCAAUCAGGCGGAGCUAUAGGUGGAUGUAGAAUGUUUACUGAGUUCUCUUUAUCGAAAAAUUGCAUCUCAUAAAAUGAUUCUUUUUUCUUCAUGUGUACAAAUUCUUGAAUCGCCUUAACAUCGGAGCAAUUCAAAAAUUAAUUUGGCAUAGGGGGGGAUUUUUGUUAAGCCCCACAUCAGAAUUCUUGGCUCUGUCACGUAAAGUGCAUGCAAUGCAUUGGUGGCAGAGCCCAUUCUCAUCUUCCACUCGGACCUCAUCACCCUCCAAUAGAAAGGUUCAUUCCGAUGAUAGUGUGAUUGUCUCUCGCGGAGGCACUACCCGUGGCGUCCUUAAAUCAGCUCUCUUCGGCACCCAAAUAUCACGUAAGAAGAAGAAGCCCCAGCACCGUGGGGACCACAAUGUCGACGAUGACUGGCGUUCUCAGUGUUCGUAUGAAAAUUCUACGGCAGAAGGACGUCCUCGCCCACAGCCCCUCCCGUUGCCGGACUUGCACGCUAUGCUCCACCAUCAUCCCAAUUUGGUUCAAGCCCCCAGUGUUCCACUUCCUUCGCCUAGACAAGGAAUUUCGCAUCAUAAAGGUGGAGAGGAAACAGAUAGAGAUAGGCUGGAUGGUUUUAAUGUCGACGUCUAUCAUCAUAAUGGCGGAGCAACACGAGAGGGCAGAUUAUUAGGUCAAGAUACUCGAAAGAGAACAGUUCACUCUGUAACUCCCUUCUCCAGGAAGAUGCCUCCACGGAUGCUGCUAGUCCCGGAAAGAAUUCCUCCUGACUUUUGGACUAGUGCUCCAACUAGUCCUUAUGCAAGUCCUGCACAUAGCCAACUGAAAGGUGGUGAUCAUACAACGAGUCCUGUUUUUUCCACACUCCCAGGUGUUUUUCAAGUUUGGUCUGCCCCUGAGAUGCCUCCUUCAGAUGCUCCUCAUGGCUUAGGUUUCUCUUAUAACCAUGCUUUUAGUAGUGUUGAUAACUCUCCUCUUCAUAGUCCAAGAUUAAGUCCUCAGCGUAGAUCCAGGAGUCCAAGUGGAUCUGCUUCACCUUUACAUUAUCCACUGUCAAAUGAUCAUAGCCCAGUGGCACGUCGGGAGAAUUGUGCUCAAGGCAAUGUCUAUCCUUUACCCCUUCCUCCUCUUGCUAGUCCUCCCGUUUCACCACCUACCCCUAAAGCAGAUAUAACGCCUAUUAAAGGUCAGUGGAAGAAAGGAAAGCUUAUUGGACGUGGGACAUUUGGAAGUGUUUACGUAGCAUCAAACAGAGAGACAGGAGCUUUAUGUGCGUUGAAAGAAGUUGAAUUAUUACCAGAUGACCCAAAAUCUGCUGAGUCUAUAAGGCAGCUAGAACAGGAGAUCAAUGUACUCAGCCAUCUCAAGCACCCAAACAUUGUCCAGUAUUAUGGCAGUGAAAUAGUUGAUGACCGGUUUUACAUUUAUCUGGAAUAUGUUCAUCCCGGUUCUAUCAAUAAAUUUAUCCAAGACCAUUGUGGAGAAAUGACAGAAUCUAUUGUGAGGAAUUUCACUCGUCAUAUUCUUUGUGGGUUAGCUUACUUGCAUAGUAAAAAAACCAUUCACAGGGACAUUAAAGGAGCUAAUUUGCUUGUUGAUGCUUAUGGGGUUGUCAAGCUCGCAGAUUUUGGGAUGGCUAAGCAUCUAAACGGGCACUCAGCUAAUCUCUCUUUAAAAGGAAGUCCAUAUUGGAUGGCUCCUGAGGUACUCCCCUCAAUAGCACGUUUUUCUAAUUAUGUUGUCUCACUUCCGACAGCUUAUGUUUUCUGUUUCCUGCAGCUCUUACAAUCUGUCAUGCAGAGAGAUAAUAGUAACGAUCUUGCCUUAGCUAUUGAUAUAUGGAGUUUGGGUUGUACCAUAAUUGAGAUGCUGAACGGCAAACCUCCUUGGAAUGAAUAUGAAGCAGCUGCAGCAAUGUUCAAGGUUCUAAGAGAUACCCCACCAAUACCUGAAACAUUAUCACCAGAAGGAAAAGAUUUCUUGCAUUGUUGUUUCCGUAGAAAUCCAGCAGAGAGGCCGUCAGCUAGUAUGUUGCUAGAACAUCAAUUUGUGAGAAUCUCGCAUCAUCCAGAAGUUCCUUCUUUUGUUGAGCAACUUAACGGGAUAAAACUGACAGAAAAGUUGCAUACUCAAAUAGAGCAGCUAAGUUAUAAACUUGACUCGGUGCAUGUAUCAUUAGAAAGAUAGCACUCGGAAAGAGCUGGCAAACAGAAGCAAAAGUUGUGAUCCGAAGAAUGGUCCUCAGAUGUGCAAAUUCACUUCAAUGUCUGCCUGCCUCUGAAGCUGUAUGCGCACAGGACAGCAAUGAUAUAAUUUGUAUUCUAACGUAGCAAUGGCACUGCACCAUGCUGUUUUGCUCUUUCAACUCCCAUGGCCGUCCCUAGUUCAUCCAUUCCCAUUAAAGAACAGAUGAAUUCUGGGCUGACUACUAUGAGCACAUGCCCAUCUGGUGCAGUGGCUUGGAAGCAAGCUAUACCUAUACUAUCUUUAUUGAUGUGGUUUUCUAAAAAGACCUCGACUCGUGAAUACAUUACAGACCUUUAUGAUCAAUGUGUUAUGUGCUCUGUAGAUAGCUUUGAGCCAUAGGGAGUUGGAGCCAAGAGGCACUCCCCUCACUUACAAGUUGAGAGGAAGUUAAGUUUUUUAGUCCAGGGUAAUUUCCCUGGAGACCUUGGAUCUUAUCUUUUGUGUAUUUAUAACAAAAAAUGCAGCUUCGAUGAGAGAAAAUGCCAUAAAUAGUCCCUUAUGCCAUAAAUAGUCCCUUUAAUAGAAGGGCAGAUCUAAAAUAGUCCCUUCACUAUACACUUACUCAGUUUUGAUUUUUAACCUAUUUACAAACUUAUCAAGUUUGGUUUUUGAUUAUUUUUUAUAAAAACAACGUAGGGUUUAUAUUAAUAAAAUUUCUGCUUUUGUGAA